GAGAGGUCAAGGCCAGGGAGUGAGUGAGUGAGCGAGCGAGCGAGCGCCGGCUCCAUGAGCGCACAGCGGCGGCCGGCGCGGCGGAUUGAUGGCGUGGAGAUGAACCCGGGCCUGGGCCGGCCGCCGCCUGCUGUUCCCCGGCCGGGACGCGGGAGCUCGGGGAUGGGGAGCAGCCGGAGUCCGGGACCCGGCCUGGGCCUGAACCUGAACCUGAAUUCACUGCUCCAGCAGCCUCUGUCCCGGCAGCAGCUGAAGCGCCUGGAGGAACAUCGGUACCGGAGCGCCGGGGCCUCGUUGCUGGAGCCCCUGAUGCAGGCCUGGUGGGAGUGGCUGGUCCGCCGGCUCCCGCUCUGGAUAGCUCCCAAUGUUAUCACCAUCACCGGCCUGGUUCUUAAUGUCUGUACCACCCUCAUCCUCAUGGUCUACUGCCCCACUGCCACUGAACAGGCACCUCUAUGGGCGUACCUCGCCUGUGCGCUGGGCCUUUUUAUCUACCAGACGCUCGAUGCUAUAGAUGGGAAGCAGGCUAGAAGAACCAAUAGCAGUAGUCCUCUUGGAGAGCUGUUCGAUCAUGGUUGUGAUUCACUUUCCACAGUCUUUGUGGUCCUGGGAAUCUGCAUCGCUGUACAGUUGGGCACAAACCCAGACUGGAUGUUCUUCUGCUGCUUUGCCGGGGUCUUCAUGUUCUACUGUGCACACUGGCAGACGUACGUCUCUGGGACACUGCGCUUUGGGAUAAUUGAUGUGACUGAAGUGCAAAUCUUCAUAAUUACCCUGUUUUUAUUGGCUGCGAGUGGAGGAACUGCAUUUUGGGAAUCGAUGAUCCCAGUGUUGGAAAUUCAAGUUAAAAUCGUGCCUGCUCUCCUUGUGGUAGCAGGUGGCAUCUUCUCCUGCACUAACUACUUCACGGUCAUCUUCACUGGUGGUGUUGGCAAGAAUGGCUCCACCAUAGCAGGUACAAGUGUGCUGUCACCAUUCCUGCACAUAGGGGCAGUUAUAACACUGGCACUGAUGAUCUACAAGAAAUCUACCAGCCAACUCUUUGAGAAUAAUCCCUGCCUCUACAUCCUCGCUUUUGGCUUUGUCUCUGCAAAAAUAACCAAUAAAUUAGUGGUGGCCCAUAUGACAAAAAGUGAGAUGCAUUUGCAGGACACAGCCUUUGUUGGCCCGGGGCUCCUCUUCCUGGACCAAUAUUUCAACAGUUUUAUAAACGAGUACUUGGUGCUCUGGAUUGCUUUGGUCUGGUCUCUCUUUGACCUAAUCCGUUACUCGGUGGGUGUCUGUAAUCAAAUUGCUUCCCACCUUCACAUUAACAUCUUCAAGAUCAGCCCCCCUUCCUCGCCAGUCAACUCCCAGGAGCAGAACCAUCACAAGUGACUUAAGCCAUUGUGCUCAACAAGAAAACUCCAGCACACGACUGAGGGAAUGUACAUAGAAAAAUAUGGAAUUGGGAGAAAAAGUGAACAAGUUAUUAAUUUAUGGUUCGAUCAUUGUGUGCACUUUUUUGUUUUGUUUAAGCUUCAGUUUCUGAAUGAAGCCUAACACUCCUAAACUAGCUGACUGUGAUGGGAAGGACUGACUCACCCCUGCAUGCACCCCUGUAACACUGGCAGCUCAGGAACCAACAUGAUGUGCAUCUAUUCUUUAUGGACCUGAACGAAAAUAAGCAGCACUGUUGUGUGUUGUCUUUUCUUCAACCCUUUUGAUCUGAUAGAAUUGUUGACUGUCCACAGGCCUGUUACAGUGCUUGAGGUUUGCUAAUGAGCUUAAUGGAAGUUCCUGCAACUUAAACUACCUUGAAAAAAAACAGAUGAGCCAUAUUGCAGGUGAGAACUGCAGAGAAGAAAUAUUUUGUGCCAAUCUGGAACCUUGCAGGCAGUAACUAUGAGCUGGGUGGGCUGUAGGAAAGGGAACGACAAAAAGCCUUUAACAACUUAAUACAGUCAUCUUAAAAUUUAAAGGAUGUAAGUGUGGUACUAGCACCUGUGGUGCCCAUGGAUUAUAAAAGGUUUUGCAAUGCUCUUUUUGGGAGUAUAUGGCCCAAUUACACCAGUGAAGCUGUCUUUGAGAUGCUGCUGUUAAUGUUCAAACUGUACAGGGGUGGGUAAUUAAAGGGAAGGGCCUAAUUUGGGCUGAACUGGCACUUUAAGGAGCAGAAUUUGUGUAACGUUUCCACUUUGUUCACUGCUUUAUUUGCUACAUUCUUCCACAAUCUUGUGUCCAUUUUAACAAAAAUAGUGCUUUCAGUUUCAAAAUUGGUGUCUUGGGGAUCCAGUAAUCCUAUAACCCCGUCACUCCUGCCUCAUAGAUUUGUUAUUCCAAAGGUCAGCCCACACUUCCCUAACUAGUAAUCUGAACCCAUAGCACCUUUCUGUUUCUAACCUAGUGUUGCCAUUAAAGGAAUGAAUUUGUAACAUUCACUGAGGAGCUUGCACUGAGCAAUCUUCACCUUUUGGGAAAUUCUUCAAAUAUAUCAGAUUCUCUCCUCAUUCCUUAAAGUAUGUGUAUCCCCUUGACCAGUGUUGGUUAAACAUCACUGAAAGAUGCAAUGACCAAUUUUCUGCCAGUGGAAAUUGAGCAGGCAUCUGUAGGAUCAUUCUUCACAGGUGUGCCAGAACAAAGGAUCUUUACUCUGUGGGGGGUAAUACAUCACAGUACCCCUUUGUUAAGAAGUGAUCCUGCAUGAUGAUGGGGACUGCUGUUCACCUCUUGUGUUGCAGGAAGCACUUUAUCCAUCUGAACUUGGGUCUUGUAAGCCUUUACCUCAUAGAUGGAUGUAAUCAAACCUAAAAGUGUCCAAAUGUCGAUAUGAUGGCAGUUAUGCAGAUACCAAUGCUGUGUAUCUGAGUUACAGUGCUUUCUGACACAUGCUUGUCUGGCAUGAAGAUGAGUGAUGACAAGCUGACGCUAAAGCCUGCGGAGAGAUUCCAGGUCAGCACAAGCUUUUCCAAUCAGCAAUAGGAGGAGGCAAUAGAAAAGGCUUCAACGAUUGAAGUGGUAAAAGCUUCAUUUUCGUUGGCUGUCUACUGAAGGUGAGAAACAACGUGCAGCUCCCACCACCUUGGUGGUAACUUGGGGUUUGCUUAACUCCUUCACACUUGCUAAUGAAGUGCGAUCAGUUCCUAUGCCAGGUGUCUGAGAUGGCUUUGUGCUGUUGUACGCCAACAUUGCUGCCUGUAGUUCUAAAUCUUGGUGCACAGCAAACAUGUUUUCAGCAGCAUUCAUGAAGUACUGAUUUUUUUUUUGUGUGGAGCCGAAGCUUACAGGUUUGGUAUACUGGCACUAUCAGAAGAAGCUGUGGGUUGGUGCCUAUACCAGCACCAAUCUUUGCCUGUGGUUCUAUAGCGUGGAGGAAAGGUGCAAUAAAGUUAACCUGCUCUGUACACGCUGCCUAUGUUAGGAGCUUUGCCAUAUACCUGCUCUUGUUCCCAUGUAUCAGGACAAGGAAAACUGGCAAUAAUUAGGAUCAAAAGCACCUCUCAGCUAAACAUGUCACUUUGUUACUACUUUCUUUUGAUACCAGGGAGCGAGCCUUGCUUUAGCUAGAAAAUGUAACCUCCUGUGAUUUUCAUCCAGUAACUGUGGAGAACAACAAGCUUCUCCCUGAUUUCCCUGUGGGCAUUGAUCCACCAGAGUUUCAACUUGUCCAUUAAAUACCUUGAGUUUAAAAGAAAUGGUGGUUUUCUUUCUCAAUUAUUUUGAUCGUGUAUUUGCAAAGCAUAUACUUUGGCUUAUUGAAGAGCUUUUUUCUGAGUAUAUACUGCUCCCAGUGUUGUGAGUGGUACAGGGCUGUGGCUGAUUAAUAGUACAGGGGUGGGGACAGCCAUGUUCAGAUUAUCCAUCACUGCAUUGGCCCUUAGACUCUGAAGUGAUCUUGAGAUUAAAUGACUUAAGGCAUCUUUGGCCUCUAAGAAUUUGUUAUAAUUGGAAUUGGCAUCUCCAUAGGAUAUAUUUCACUGUGGUAAAAGGUGCUAGGCAUGCAGCCAGUUCACAUCAGUGAAAAUACCCAAACUUUGCAAGAAUCUGACAACAGUGAACUUUCCAUGGCACCAUUUACAAUGGGUUGUUGCCUUGGAAUAGCAUUAAACAGUUGCCACAUAAGUAUUAUGACUGCAUUCCUGACAGUAUUUUGUAAACCCUGUGUGCAAUGUGCAGGGCUGUCCUGUAUUAUCAAAGAUAUGGAUGGGAUAGGAGAGAGAUGAAUCUCGAAUACAACACUGAAGUGUUCACUUUUUAAUUAGUUGUUAGUGGUGAGGCUGCAGUCCUAACAUCACAAACCCAGCCACAGCCCGGUGUCUCACUUUACUGCCAGAUGAUUUAUAAAAUGAACCAAAGCAUUUCUCUCACUUAUCCCUUUUUCUUGGAAUUAACUAUUUCUGCACAAAGUAAUGUAACUGGAAGAAUCUAAUGAAGUGUUAUUCAACAGGAAUGAUCCAAUGACAUGUUGUAUAACAGGUCCCCCAAUGCACCAGCCCCAUUUACUUGGAGCAACUGGAUAUAAUGGAAAAUUAAUUUGUUUUUGCAGAAAUCUGGUUUGUUUUGUGAACAUACAGAUGGUUCUCACCUAAUUUUGCCUUUGUGUCACUGAUGAGCCUCUUGAUUUUACUCAUGCUUAAUUGUAAUUUUCUGUUCUUUCUAAAUAAAAAUAAAUACCAAGUG